GGCUCCGAGGAGCCCAGCAGCGCGGGCGGCCUCAGCAGCAGCGGCAGCGACCCGAGCCCGCCGGGGGACUCGCCGAGCCUGGACUCCCUGGAGUCCUUCUCUAACCUGCACUCGUUCCCCAGCAGCUCCGAGUUCACUAGCGAGGAGGGCGCGGAGAGCAGGGCUCCCGACGAGGAGGAGGGCGCGGCGGGGCGGCCCGGGGCGGAGGAGGAGGCCGCGCUGGUGCGGGCAGCGUCCAGGGAGCGCUUCCCGGGACAGUCUGUCUACCACAUCAAGUGGAUCCAGUGGAAGGAGGAGAACACCCCUAUCAUCACCCAGAACGAGAACGGCCCCUGCCCCUUGCUGGCUAUCCUCAACGUUUUGCUUUUGGCCUGGAAGGUGAAACUGCCACCGAUGAUGGAAAUCAUAACUGCUGAACAGCUGAUGGAAUAUUUAGGUGAUUACAUGCUUGAUGCAAAGCCAAAAGAAAUUUCAGAAAUUCAACGUUUAAACUAUGAGCAGAAUAUGAGUGACGCUAUGGCAGUUCUGCACAAACUGCAGACGGGUCUGGAUGUAAACGUGAAAUUUACUGGCGUUCGAGUGUUUGAGUAUACACCGGAAUGCAUAGUAUUUGAUCUUCUUGAUAUUCCUUUGUAUCAUGGGUGGUUAGUGGACCCUCAGAUUGCCGACGUUGUAAAAGCUGUUGGUAACUGCAGCUACAACCAACUGGUGGAGAAGAUCAUCUCUUGUAAGCAGUCAGACAACAGUGAGCUGGUUAGUGAAGGCUUUGUAGCUGAGCAGUUUCUAAAUAACACAGCCACUCAACUGACAUACCAUGGAUUAUGUGAACUAACUUCAACGGUUCAGGAAGGAGAGCUUUGUGUGUUCUUUCGGAACAAUCAUUUUAGCACCAUGACCAAAUACAAGGGUCAGCUGUAUUUGUUGGUAACAGACCAGGGGUUUCUUACUGAAGAAAAAGUUGUUUGGGAAAGUCUACACAAUGUAGAUGGUGAUGGAAAUUUCUGUGACUCAGAAUUUCAUCUGAGGCCUCCUUCAGACCCUGAAACUGUAUACAGAGGACAACAAGAUCAGAUAGAUCAGGACUAUCUUAUGGCCCUGUCUCUACAACAAGAACAGCAGAGCCAAGAGAUCAACUGGGAACAAAUCCCAGAAGGAAUCAGUGAUUUGGAACUAGCCAAGAAACUCCAAGAGGAAGAGGACAGAAGGGCUUCUCAGUAUUACCAGGAACAAGAACAAGCAGGAGCAGCCGCCGCUGUUGCUUCUCCACAGGCCCAGCAGGGCCAGCCAGCACAAGCCUCUCCAUCAAGUGGAAGACAAUCUGGGAAUAAUGAACGUAAACGAAAGGAACCUCGAGAAAAAGAUAAAGAAAAAGAAAAGGAAAAAAGUAGCUGUGUUAUUUUGUAACAAGUGUUGGAUUCUACUGGAACCACCUAUAUGUCUUGAGUAACAAACCCACAGGAAGAAAGGAAGAAAACCCGAUAAAUACCGUCUGUGCCUGAUUUCCCAAUGGAUUUUGUUUAUGUUUUUCCGGGGGAAGGUUGUUACUUAGUUACAAUCAGACUUUUCCUCACAUAGUACACUCUUUAUAAGCUGGAAUUUCAUGUUACAAGUUGGAAAUGCUGUGUGUUGUCAUUCAUGAAAAAUACUGCACUUGUAGCCAAAUAAGCAAAUCACAGCAAAUUUUGUGUCAUAGUGACAUCCGUAACUCAUUAUCAGUUAGUAAGCUAUUUUAUCUUCUGUUCUGAAACGAAUGGAGGUAAUUGAUUUCGUCUGAUUCCUUCCUGAUGGCUAAAUAUUAGCACAGUAGUUUCUGAACUUAAUUUUUAUAAUAUUAAAUUAUGAUCUAAUCCAUGAGAAAUCAGGGGUUUAAUAUAGGAACUUAAAAAGCAAAAAAUAAGACAAAAAAAAAAAAAACAGGAAUAAACAACCUUAAUUGUAUAUUGGACUAGUUCAGCCCUUGAACAGCUUUACUUUUCUUUAGGAAUUUACAUUUUAGAUAUUAUCUGGAGAAUUGAUAAUGGAACUUGGAUUUAAUUUAGAUAGAAAAAAUAAAGAUUUGCAUUUCUUUUCCAAUAGCAAAAUUACAUAACACUAAUACUCUUAUCAAAAUCAGAUAUUAAUGGCUUUAUAGUGUUGUGAAAUUUUGAAAUCUUUCAUAUAGGUAACUGGACCACAGUUACUAUUUAUUGACAGUGUGAUAGGUGAGUGUAGGGACGAAGCCACAGUGGAUGCUAGGCCUUGUAAAUAUGGGGAACGCAGAAAUCCAGAUAAUUCAGUGUCGGCCUUUUUCUAGAAUUACCCUGAACCUUAAAAUUUAAAUCAUGUUUAUUUGCUAGAAAAUUAAAUACACUUACUCAAGCCAAUAAAAAAGCACAUUUCUGAAAGACCGAGAAACUCUGAGUUUAGUGAAAAGACAUUAAUAAAAUUCUCUUUGACAAUAGAUAAGAAUUUGGAGGAAUUUAUGUCAAAGCAAUCAGAUUUUUUAACUUAUGGGAACCAAAUAAAUCUAUAACAUCUUGUAGGCUUUAUAGGAUUCAGAAAGAAUAUUUAUUGAACUUUAUUAUGAGGACAACAGAUAUUUUCCUGUAUUUCUAGAUAUAGUUUGAAAAACAAUCCUUGAUAGUCCUUUUGAUAUAUUUUAUAUUUAAAAAUUUGCUUUAGUCAUUUUUUAAAAGACUAUUCUGCUGCAAAUAGUUUGCAUUGUAAGCUGUGGUAAAUUUGUUUAUUUAAGAACGUCUUCAUCUGACCUUCGCAUCUGCUUAGAGAAUGUCUUGCGGUCUGAGGUGACAAUAGACUACCAAAACACGUAGUCUAGAUGUUUGAAGCUAUGUCCUUUACUUUCUCCGCGAUUCAUGACCAGUUAUAGGAUAAGUCUCUAUAUAAAAAGUGAAGUCUUAUUUAUGGAAGGAAGUAUUCUAAGGGAAAAAUCCAGGGCCAAGCUGUGUAUAUCUUUUGUGUCCUAUGUUGUAUGUCUGUUUAUGUUACACAAUCUGUUAUUCCUUCAGAUUUCCUCUGCUAGCAUGGUAAAUCAUCAGAGAACCAGUUUUGGGUAUAAACCUUUGAUACAAAAUAUUUGGUGAAUCUCUUGAUAACAACCCAGAACAUGCGCACAUUGGUGCAGUAAGUAAUCUGAUGUACUGCAGAAUUCUCUGUUGCCUCAAAUAGAUUGACCUGAGUCCAAGUUUACUCUUGAUUUCAUACUAAUGCUUGGAGUGGAUACUCAGCCUCAGGGCUUAUUUGUCCUAGAGCAGAGAGGUGUGACAGCGCAUUAUAUUUUAAUAAGGAAAAGCAAACAGUAAACUGAGAAAUUUUAAAAGCACAUUUGAGGCAUAUUUUUCUGUAAUUAUAUACUUAUCUACUUAUUGCCCUUGAAAAAUAUGUGUAGAAGUUAUUCUUUUGUUAUUAUCUUAUUAAUUUGUCCCAAAGAUAAUACUGCCACUCUGUAUUCCCUGUGGAAGGAAAAGUCAAAACCUCACUUAAAACCAGCAGUGCUGCUAUCAGAUAAGUAGAUUUCACCGUGUACUUAUAAGAAAAAGUAAAAAAUGUUAUUUGUUAAUUCAGUCUUUUUCUAUAUACUGUUUCCAAGUUAGACUUUCUUACAUUCCUGGAAUUCAGUUUAAUAUACCAAGGGUAGUAAUUUAAAAAUGUUCACUUUGAUUACUGUCGGGAAACAAUUAAAUGUUCAAUUCUAUUAAAACAAGCAAACUUUUCACAGAUACUGGUUUCCCAUCCUUGAAGGUUAUAAAGAAUUUAGAAUUAUUGUGUCUUUAUUUUCUUAUAUUCUGCUCAAGGUAACAAAUUAUAUAUUCAGACAUUUCAUUGCUGGUUUGGGUGUCUUGAAAUUUGAUAGUGGUAUAUUAAAGUCUUUCCUUCACAGUAUUUUGUAAUACUUGAAAAUUAUCACAUAUACAUUGCUAGCAGAAGUUAGAAAUUAAACAUUUUUGUUUUUAAUAUUUAUAGGCUAGAUUAGGGGCACAUUUGCAUCGACCAAAUCGCCAUUAGAGCUGGGAAAAGAGGCAGAUGAGUGCAUGGAUGUGGUCGCCGUACUUUCCUCUUACUUGCUCCUUAAGGUCAGUGAUCAGUCUUAAUUAACUACGUGAGAACUCUCUUCAUGUCUAAUCCCAUUUCAUUGACAAUGCUGUGAUUUACACAUUACCAACAUUAGAAGUGUGUGUGUGUGCGCGCGCGUGCAGUUUUGGAGCAAGUUUCCGUGGCUUUCAUUAGAUUCUCAAAUGGAUCUGGGGACCUUCCCUCAAACUUAAGAAUCACCACUUUAAGAACACACACACACACACGUAUGUACGUACAAACACACUAGCACUUUCAGGCAAUGAAAUUGCCCUUGGCUGCUUUCUGUCGUGUCUUAAGCCAGCCAGGUGUGUUUAGGUAAAGUAACGUCUUCCAUGUCGUGAGGUGUCAGGUUAGACACUGUUGAAUGAGCCAUAGAUUUAAGUUUAAGAGCAGGCGUUGGAUUGUAUCUUGUUUUUACUGUCUCACAUCGCCAGUUUUUGACUUCUUAGCCUGUAUUAUGUUUAGAAUUCUUCCUCAUACUUCUUAAUCUGAGCUUAAUUAAGCAAGUUAAUAUCAGAGAGUAGUUGACUGAACCUAAUAUUAACCAUUGUUUACUUUCACACAACCUUUUUAGGAUUUUUUCAAUGAAUCACAAACUCAGCUCAUUAAGAGACAGAAGAUCUUAAAAAAGGACUGGAAGUCAAAUAAAUCUUUAAGGAGAGAAUUGUGGUUACUGUAUUAAUAUUGGCAUAUGAAGCAGAUACUUGUAAAACCAUGGUGGAGAAAGAUUAAGGCAAAAAUUUCUAGAACUGUCCUCAAAUAAUCUCGUUUGUUAAAGAAAAAGCAAAUUGAUUGCAUUUUGCUUUACUUUCUUAUCAGUGUCUUGGUUAUUUUAAAACAUAACGGAAAGCUUAUGGGCUUUGCCUAUCAUACAAUACUGAGGCAUACAAUUUAAAAUAUAAUUGAAAACUUACUAAUAUUUAAUAAGACAGAGGCAUUAAAAAGUCUAUAGUUUCUACUUUAAGGAACUGGAAAUGUAGAAUUCUGAAUCAUUUCAUUUGUAAAACCCUGACUUUCUCUCUUGCCUUGGGCAAACUUUUUGUGCCUCAAGAAUUUACUCUUUAAAAUACAUAAAGAGUGCUUUUUUUUUUUUUUUAAAGUGCUUUG